AUGGCCGAUACCUCCCCAUCCUGUUUGGGAGCGAGUCCCUCUCAACCCGAGGUGGAAGUCACCACACGGUCUCGGGUGAGUCGGCGUUCUGACCCUGCUGAGCCGUCCAGAUUGCGUUCUUAUGUGCCAACAACUUGCCUCACUCCGCAGGCCACCUCGACCUCGCGGGCCCAUAGAAGCGCCAGCCCGGUCGAGGAUCCAUCGCGCACCCCAAGACAACGCUCACGCACCGAUUUCGACCACAGACCCUAUGCGGCGGCUGAGAAUUGGACACUGUCGCACGAUUGCGUAGCUCCCAAGGUCCUACCGCGCUUGGACUCGAUCAUGACAUCGACAAGGUCGUCUUCGCUCGCUUCGGCUGUUUCGCCUGUGUCCGACCAGCAGUACCACGAAGGUUCCACCGGACAUGGUGCAGGAGAUACAGCAGAAGGAAGCCAUGCUCUACUCGUGACUGGGAUGUUGGGGCUGGCUGUAGUCGGGAGUACGGUUGUUGAAGCUCAAGGGCACGAUGUUCAGACGACGAUACCGAUCGGGCUUCCUCCUCAUGGACGGUCACCGAUACCGAUGGAUGAGCCGUUCGACCAUGCUGGGUUUGGGAUUGGAGACAGUGGAUUUUUGUCGGCCGAAGAUGGGGACGAGAGUAUGUGGAGAGGCCGAGGGCGUACAAGUCGCAGCUCAAGCAUCAUCGGGCGGUUCAGUCGUUCGGCAUCACAGGACUGGAGCUCGCCGUCAUCCUUGCGAGAGGUCCCGUCGAGCACCAACGUCAGCUCUUGGACACCAGAUCGGUCACCGCCUUCUACUUCGUUGCACAACGUAUCCCCAUUUGGCAAGUCUCCUGCCCGGUCGACACAUACUACUUCCUCGCGACGCCCCUCGACGAGCGACGCGAUCACCUCGACAUGGAGGCAGCAGAACCUGCUCGCGCACGUCGAGAAUUCCUCCGAGAAGCUUAGCACUUCGCCCUCGCCGUCACCCAAGAAAACAAAGGACGAUGAAGCUACUGUUACAUCCGUGAAGCAACUCGUGCUGCAAACCCGACGAUCAUCCAAACCAGCCGUUCGCGAGUUCACGGCCGCCGACGAAAAGCGGUCCUCAGUUCGCAGUAUAGAUCGCGCUCGCGACGGACUCGGGCUGAACCUUGAAAUGCUUGACAUCGCACAAGACUCGCCUUCGCACUUGUCGACUGCCAGCCCCGUUCCGACUGUCAAUGUUGCGCGCCCUCGGACGCCUAGCGUUGACCAGUCUGACCAGCUCGAUCCAGAGUGCGAUUUUUCGAUCCUUGCCGAUGGUCUCGACCCGUCACCUCGAUCUGCUGCGAGUACUAGCUCCAAUACCGGGAGCGUCUCGCCGUCUUUCCUUGCCACCUAUGAUUCGCCCCUCUUGUCAACUUCCACCUACACUUCCGCCCGCCCAGUCCGGUACAACACCAGCCCGUCAGCCGAGUCGCCGCAGUUCUUUCUCGCUCGAACGACAGAAAGUCCAAUGCUCCCCCCCAGUCCAUCGAAUCGGAGGACUUCGAGCGCACCUCAGGUCGAUACGUGGGCAGGCGUUGUACCUAUGCCUACUCCUCGUGAGAACUAUGCUCUGCCCACUCCCGAUGCGAGCUUCUUGGUCCCCGAGGCUCUGGCGCUCUUGGAGAAGCGCGCCACGACGAGACCUCCACUGGCUGUGUGGACCACAUCCGGGGUGGACCAGACCUCUCAGCGCGGCACGGGUCGAUCGCGUCAGAUGUCAAGUGGUUCGGACACGCCCGGCACAAAAAUUUCACGACGUCUCUCCAGUUUCUUCUCCAAGCUGACGCCUUCCACAUCGCCUGCGAGUAUUUCACGUCCGACUACGCCUACACCGAAUCGCUCGCCGAUUGAAGAUGGUGGAAGCAAACGAAAUCGGCCCGGCUCGCAUUCUAAGUCUUCGAGCCCAGCGACAUUGGGACCGCCCGCAUCGAUCCACCAAAACUCGCAGAGCUCCACGCCGUCCUCGAUGCUAAAGAAGGGCACAGUUCGAGGCAGCAUUUCCAUGCCGAGCCCUGCCAUCACCGACCCAGCCUCCGCAGCUUCGUCCGCAUCGAACAAAGUGCUCAACUCGUCACCCUUGCCAAGUCGAACUCUGAGGUCGAUCAUGGGUGCUCAGGAUUACAACGAUGCGAUCGCUCGACAUGGUAUGCUUGAGAUGAAGCGCCAAGAAGUCAUUUUCGAGUUGUGCGAAACGGAGCGGUCGUUCGUCGAAGCGCUCAAGGGCGUUAUGGAAGUGUUUGCGUUGCCAUUGCGGGAUCGUCAAGGGGGAUGGAUUAGAGGGGUACCGACUGUCGUUGCCCGGUUGUUUGAUUGGGCCGCUGAUAUCGUCUAUGUGAGUCGGGUAGGAACAUCAAUCUAGGGCCUUUGAAAGGAUCCUCUCGCUGACGCUUGCACGUGGUUCUCAGCUCCACGCCCAAAUUGCUGAGGCACUGCUAUACGCACGUGGCCGGAAACCGCAAGACAUAGUCACUCGGAUUGCCACCGUCUUCAUGCCCUUCGUCCCCCAGCUCGAGAUCCAUCAACCUUACCUCGUUCGCUUUGAGAUUGUAACGCGCCUCAUCGAAAGGAUGGCGGCCGAUCAGAACUCCGACUUCGGCGCCUUCAUUCGCAUGCAGACUCGGUCGUUCUUGGGUGGCAUGACGCUGUCGAGUUUUUUGCUCAAGCCUGUUCAAAGGCUAAUGAAGUAUCCGCUGUUCUUCAAGGUGAGCCAGAUCUGAAGCCGGCGUCCAUUUGAGCGCGACACGAAUGUUGAUGAUAUCUUCCAUGCACUGUAGCAACUCUGCGAGCUGACACCCAAAGACCACGGCGAUUAUCGAGCCACGACCUCGCUUCUCCGCGACACCGAUCUCAUCAUUCGUGUCAUGCAAGAGGUCAAGUCGCGUGAAGACGAGUACGAGGAGCUCAAGCGGAUCGAGGCGAAGAUGAGAGGCUUGCCCCAGGGGUUCCGGCUUGCUCAGCGAGAUCGCCGUCUCCUCGCCCAAGGGUCGAUGAAACGGAUCCAUGCCAGCGAGAAGGGCCGAAGUGCGUUGCUCGAAGCCGAGGCUUCAGGUGUCAGACACAGGUCCUCGAUUCCAGCGAUACCCGAAAAACCUCUUGUCGCCUCGUCACUGCCCGUCAAACUGCCUUUGCUUGUCGAAUCGAGGCGAUCUCCUUCCGGGACAUCAGAUUCUGGAUCCGAUGACCCUUCCAUUCUGACAGAGCAUGAUCGAACAAGCUGGCCUGCCCAAUACGCCACGCUCGAUACUUCGGCAUCGUCCCCAAAGUCAAGUUUGCUCCUUCCAAAGACGUUGCCCGGGUUACCGAAUGAAGGGCCGGGUGUCUUCUCAUCGUCGCCAGUAUCGAUGGGGUUCGACGAAGGGGUAACGGGAGGCGACUCGCCCAACGUGUUCGCGCUCUCUCUCCCAAAGAGGCCGAGCUCAUCAAGGUCGCUUGACUCGAUCUCGGGUCGACGUACGAAGCCUCUGAAGCUGCGAGCAAAGGAGUCAUACGUGCAGGUCUUCAUCUUCUCCGACCUUGUGGUCCUCGCACAACGGAUAACUGAAAAUGGAAGCAAGAUGAGCUCAAAAGGAGCCUCGCUCGGUCCUGAUCGACCUGGAACCGCGUAUGAGAUUAUCGAGUCGAUCGGAGUUUCCAAAGUCGACCGCGUCAUGGAUCUCUCCGGGCAAACGGAGUAUGACCAUUUGUUGGCAGUCACGUUGACCCCUCUCGCCUCGGAGCCAGUGACCGUCUUCUUGACCGUUCCGCCCCAGACCACCUCCGGGUCCUCCGGAUCUUCGAACCUGACUUCCUCCACGUCCAAGAUCCACGCACGAUGGAACAACGCCUUCGAGCGCAGUCGGAUCAAGUCCGCAAAAUUAUCGAACAUCCUCCCCGGUCCCUUGAGGACCCUCGACAUCCCCGUAACGACGGACGAGCGAACCCUUGCCGCGUCGCUCCUCAAAAGCCCUGGUGAAGGUUACACCGCGCGGAUCGAGCCUUCGGAUGAACGUGUUGAUUUGGCUUCCGAACGAGCGGAACGCGAUUGGUGGAGAUUGAGGUACAACAAGAUGAGGUUCGAGCUCGAGACGAAGUCAUCGCACCACUUGGCACGUUGA